GAAAUGGUGAUGGAGAAGCCAAGUCCCCUGCUGGUCGGGCGGGAGUUUGUGAGGCAGUAAAAAAAAAUUCUGAACCAAGCACCUGACUAUUUGCACAGGUUUUAUGGGAAGAACUCUUCUUAUGUCCAUGGGGGCCUGGAUUCCAAUGGAAAACCAGCUGAUGCAGUCUAUGGGCAAUCUGAUAUCCACAAGAAGGUGCUGUCAUUAAACUUCAAGGAUUGCCACACAAAGAUUCGUCAUGUGGAUGCCCAUGCUACUCUCAAUGAUGGUGUUGUAGUCCAGGUGAUGGGAGAGCUCUCCAACAACAUGCAGCCUGUGCGCAGAUUCAUGCAAACAUUUGUACUUGCACCUGAGGGUUCUGUUGCGAACAAGUUUUAUGUCCACAAUGAUAUCUUCCGCUAUCAAGAUGAGGUUUUUGGUGACUCUGACACUGAGCCUCCAGAGGAAUCAGAAGAAGAAGGGGAGGAACCUGAGGAAAGACAGCAGACACCUGAGGCUGUUCCUGAUGAUACUGGUGCUUAUUAUGAGCAGGCUGUCAGCAAUGACAUUGAGGAACACCUGGAAGAGACUGCUGCAGAAGCAGAGCCUGAGGCAGAGCCGGAACCCGAACAGGAAGCUGAACCAGAGGUGCAGGAAGAAAAAUCUGAGCCUGUAUUAGAGGAGUCGGCUCAAGAAGAGACUGUGGAAAAAAGUCCUUCUCCAGCUCCUGCUGAUCCAGCUCCUGCAGUGCAAGAGGACUCCAGGACUUUUUCCUGGGCAUCAGUAACGAGUAAGAACCUUCCUCCCAGUGGAGCUGUUCCAGUAUCAGGAAUACCACCUCAUGUUGUGAAAGUACCGGCCUCGCAGCCCCGCCCUGAGGCAAAGCCUGAAUCUCAGACCCCACCUCAGAGACCUCAGAGGGAUCAGCGAGUGAGGGAGCAGCGAACAAGCAUCCCACCACAGAGGGGUCCUAGACCAAUUCGUGAGGGUGAACAAGGCGAUGUGGAAACCAGACGGAUUGUGAGAUACCCAGACAGUCAUCAGCUGUUUGUUGGGAACCUUCCCCAUGAUGUGGAUAAAUCUGAGCUGAAAGACUUUUUCCAAAGCUAUGGCAAUGUUGUUGAACUCCGCAUCAACAGUGGUGGAAAGCUCCCCAAUUUUGGGUUUGUGGUGUUUGAUGAUCCUGAACCAGUUCAGAAGAUCCUUAGCAGCAGGCCCAUCAUGUUCAGGGGAGAGGUGCGCCUGAACGUGGAGGAGAAGAAAACAAGAGCUGCCAGGGAGGGUGACCGCAGAGAUAACAGACCACGUGGACCUGGAGGCACUCGUGGGGGGCUGGGAGGUGGGAUUCGAGGGCCUCCACGUGGAGGAAUGUCCCAGAAGCCAGGAUUUGGAGCUGGAAGGGGCAUCGGGCAACGCCAGUGAAUGCAUCACGGAUGGUGACAUGGUGGCGCAAACCCUUUUUCCUGCAGAUUUGUGAAUUUCAGCCUUGGGUAUCUUGGAAUGUGGCCCUAGCCUGUUAUAGACUGCUACGUUUGAUACUAUUUUGGCCCCUUUUUGUUUGUGUUAUGGUUUUGUGAUUUAUUUUUUUUCUAGUCCUUGUCCCAGAUUCCAGCUUUGUGGAACAACGCUUUAGGAAAAGUGGAUUUUAAAAAGAACAGAACUGAAUUUUCUUGUUCACCUCAAACUUACGGACUGGAUUUUUUUGGUACCAGUGGUUUUUCCUAAAGGAAUGUCUCUUUAUUUUUUUUCUUUUUCUUUUUUUUUCCUCCCCCCUUUCUGCUGAAUUCGGGUGCAUUUCAGUCAGUGGAAUAUUAUUUCACGUGCAUGCGUUCACGAGUCUGUAGGAAAACUUAGUACUUGGCAAGUAUUUCAAGGGCAGAAAAACAAAACUAUUGUUUUAUUCUUUGAGGGUCAUGAGAACAUCCUCUGCUCCGGGGAUACUGCCACUUGAAAAAUUGACAUUCACCUUUCUCUUUGUGGCGCUGUAAAAGUGGAAUAAUGGGUAUCCGUAGAAUCCUUUUUUCUUUUGAUACAUGAUCACGGAAAGGAAUUGGAACUACUGCUUUACCACUUUAAAAUUUUGGAUUGUGGGAUAGGUUUUAAAUGUCUAGAACUUGACUCUUAAAACGCUUUUCCUGAACUUGUGAAAAUUUUUUAUUGAAAUAGGGAGGUUUUUUUCAUGUUUAGUUUGUAUUUGUAUAAAAAAAAAAGCAAAAUUGUUGUGCCUUCUAUUUAUCUCUCAUUCCAGUCUUGGCAAAUUGUUAAAAAAAAAAAAAGGAAAAAACCAAACAAAAAAAAUAAAAAAGGUCUAGAUUUGCUUUAUCAA